AUGAGACAAAAAGCUUUAGGUAGAAAACAUUCUGAAGAAACUCUAUUAAAGAUGACUAGUAUAGGUUAUCUUGUUAACAUACAUGAAAAAUGUGAUUCAGAAGGAUUUCAAUUAAUAGGUAGUUUUGUUUCAAUAAGAAGAGCUGGGAAAUUUUUAGGGAUUAGUAGUAAUACUGUAAGACUGUAUAUAAAUUCUGGUGAAAUAUUUAAGGAUAGAUAUAAAUUCACCUCCCCCGCCCUGCAGUACUGCAGGGGGGUGAGGAAAUCCAAAAUAAACUUAAAAAACUCUGAAUUAAAUUCCACUAUAUGCUGGAAACUCCUAAAGCCUUUAGGUACUAUAAAGAUAAUAAAUAUAUGCUUUAUCAGUGAUAACCCUAAAGGAUGUACAAUGGAUUAUCAGCAGGAACCAACAGGGGUAUUUACUACCUUAGUAGGAUCCUCAGAGACUACACGUGGAAACCUUAUAUAA